AUGGGGAGUCCACCAAAAGCAAUUCUCUUCCAGUUGCUCAUCCUCAGCCUCACGGUCUCUCGGAGAGUUUGUGUGCCUAAUCCGGCCAUCCCCCCCAACGCCACCGUUUUCUCUCACAUAUACACUAUAAAGCUGGCGGGGGACAGCGAGGAGGGUGAGGAGGAAGACGCCUCCCACGCACUGCAGGAGGCCCGGGGGCCCCCUGGCUCCUCGCGAGGAGGGGGUCUCUACGAGCACACCCUGGAAGGGCCGGAUCAGGAGCAUGUGGUUUUCACCCACCGCAUCAACCUGCCCCCGCCAGCUUGUGGGUGCCCACCGGGUACGGAGGAUACCCAACAACUCCUGAGACGUCUGGAAGCGCUGGAGAACGAAGUGCGGGAGCUUCGGGAAACCUGCCAAGCUGGAGGCAGCUGUUGUUCAGCACCGGCAAGCAUCCAGGCGAGCACAGGUCAGACAGACACGCGCACCUUAUGUUCACAUCAUGGCUCCUUUGACCUCUCUCGCUGCGUCUGUGAAUGCGAACCGGGUUGGGUUGGCCCCACAUGUGCCCAGCCAACUUGCCCAGGCGGGUGUGGUGGCCCACAACGGGGCAAGUGUGUGGACGGGCAUUGCCAGUGCCGCCCCGGCUACUCUGGAGUCCGAUGUGAAGAGCCACCUUCCUGCCCGGAUGACUGUAAUGACCAAGGCCGUUGUGUGGAUGGACGUUGCUCCUGCUUUCCAGGGUACGUUGGCCCUUCAUGUGCCGAUCCGGCCUGCCCCCAAGACUGCCAGGGUCAUGGCCAGUGUGUUUCAGGACAGUGUGUGUGCGAACCUGGCUACUCCGGGUCUGACUGUGGGACCCGCACCUGCCCAAGCAACUGCAACCGACGUGGAGAGUGCCGCGAUGGGCGCUGUGUGUGCCAACCAGGCUUCGUGGGCCCGGCCUGUGGCACCAAGUCUUGCCCCAAUGACUGUAACCAGAGAGGGCGCUGCCUGAAGGGUGGGGUGUGUUCCUGCCACAAAGGAUACACUGGCUCAGACUGUGGACAGUUGGCAUGUCCCGAAGACUGCAGUGGGCAUGGCAAGUGCCAGCAAGGAGUUUGCCAGUGCCAUGACGGUUAUUCCGGAGAUGACUGCUCCACAGAAAUUCCAUCCAUUGGCGCCCGUGUGUCCAGUCGAAAUGAAACUUCUUUCCGACUAGAGUGGAGCCGCCCGGAGACAUCUGUGGAUGGAUAUGAGAUCCACGUGGCACCUGUGCAGAAUCACCAGGCAGGGGAAUCUGUACGCUUGUCCAGCACUGAGACCGCCUUUGAACGCAAGGGAUUGGAACCGGGAAAGGAGUAUACUGUCACCAUCCGGGCCGAGAAAGGGCAGCGCUACGGGCCCCCUGUCAGCCAGACCGUGCGUACACGGGUUGCACCUCCUCGAGGCCUGCGCCCAUCGGGGUCCACUGAAGACACCCUGACCUUGCACUGGGAUCCGCCCACCGCACGCCCUGAUGGCUACAUCUUAAGCUACAUGCCUGUGGCGGCUGCCCGGCCCUCCCAGCCUCCCAGACGCCUGGAGCUGCCAGCAGAACCUGAGAGCAUUACCUUGGAAAACCUGGAGAGCCGCACCCGAUAUCGCAUCACUCUGAUUGCCCGCCAAGCCGGCGAGAGCAGCCGACCCACCAGCGUCACCGCCAGCACUACCGUGCCGGUACCGAGCAGAGUAAUCCACCUAUAUGCAACUCCAUCCCCAUCUUCCCAGCUGAAGCCCAGCAUUGUCUCCUCUGGUUCUGAGGUUGGGAAGCCAGACCACAAGCCCCACCCGAGCCAUCCCGUGUCCAGCACUACCUCAUUAUCCAAUGAAUUCUCCCUGAAAAUGAUGGUGCAAAACAUCUCAGCCACACUCUCCUCAUUCAAUGGGACUCUCCUCGAACGCCUGGAGAGCUACGUCCGUACCACUAAGUACCCCCUCCGAAGCAAUCAGACCGUAGAGAGCGUGGCCAGAGCCAUCUACACCUACAUAAUCCGUCGAAAGCCAGUGGGGUUCCAAGAGAUGAUCUAUGAGCGCCUCGGUGAAGGGACUGACACUCCCACUCUGACAAAUGGCCUCCAGGGUCAAAGUGUCUUUUCAAAUGGAUAUACCCGCACAGAGCACACCAAGCCAGCUGUGGUCGUCAGCUCCCCAGACAGCCUGGAAGUGUCCUUGGAUGGUGUGACGAAGCUCUCAGACGAAGUGGUUAUCCACUACCACAAGACAGGGAGUCAAGAAUGUGGGGAGUUAGUGGUGCCGGGGGGCACGCCGACAGCCAUCGUCACGGGAUUGACUCCGGGCACAACCUACUAUGUGGAGAUUCACGGGGUGGUGAAAGGACAUUCCUCCAAGUCCUACUCCUUUGUAACCAGCACAGCCCCUGCAGCAGUGCCGGACAGUGAAAAGCCCACCCUAGGCACACUCUCUGUUUCAGAAGUCACAGGCAACUUUGCGCGCCUCUUGUGGGACAGUCCCACGGGGACCUUCGACUCCUUUUUGAUCCAGUAUAAGGACGCUGAGGGCAAACCGAAGGCGCUGCCUGUGGACGCGAGCUCCCGGGAAGCCACAGUCACUGAUUUGGUACCCUCCCGAAAAUACAAGUUUAAUCUCUAUGGGCUCAUAGGCCGCAAGCGACUUGGUCCUGUCUCCACAGAGGCAUUCACAGCCCCAGUGGCGUCAGAACCGAAGACGGAACUGAUGGCACCACCCAGCCUGGGAGAACUUAACGCCUCAGAAAUCACGAAGGAUUCUGUUCGUUUGUCUUGGAGUGUCCCUUCAGGGAGCUUUGAUUCCUUUGUGGUCCAGUUCAAGGACGCUGAGGGCAGAGCCCAAGCUUUGCCUGUAGAGGGGGCCUUCCACACAGUCACCGUCCCCGGCCUGGCUCCUUCCCGCAGAUACAGGUUCAACCUCUACGGCAUCACCAAUCGCAAACGACUUGGCCCCGUCGCUAAAGAUGUCACUACAGCAGCAUGGGAGGAAGAGCCCCUACCCGUCCCUGUACCUGUCCUUGGUGACCUCUUGGUCUCGGAUGCUACCAGCAACUCCGUCCGUCUCUCGUGGAGUGUCCCAGCGGGCAGUUUUGACUCCUUCAUGAUCCAGUACCAAGACCCAGAGGGCAACAGCCAAGCCCUGCCCGUGGGCCGUGAUUCCCUUGAGGUCACUGUUCCCAACUUAACCCCUUCCCAAAGAUACAGGUUCAACCUGUAUGCACCGUCUCAAGAAACAGAAGAGAGGCCAGAUGGGGCAAGAGUGGUUCAUCCUAGCCUAGGGGAGCUCUUAGCCUCUAACCCUACCAGCAAUUCCGUACAUCUCUCCUGGACUGUCCGUAGUGGGAAAUUUGACUCAUUUCAGGUCCAGUUCAAGGAUGCCGAAGGGAAGCCUCGGGCAAUACCCUUGGAAGGAGACUCCCGUGAGGUCACCAUCCCAAGUCUCUCUCCUUCCCACAGAUACAAGUUCAACCUCUAUGGGGUCUCUGGACGCAAGCGCUAUGGCCCCAUUUCCACCGAGGCUUUGACAGUUUCACUGGAGGAAAGAGUCCCUGUUCAGCCGAGCUUGGGAGAGCUCUCAGUCUCUGAUAUCUCUAGUGACUCCGUCCUUCUCUCCUGGACCAUUCCUACUGGAAGCUUUGAUUCUUUCCUCAUUCAGUUCAAGGAUGCGGAGGGCAAGCCUCAGGUGCUACACAUGGAGGGUAACUUCCGCCAGGCCACCGUCCCCAACCUGGCCCCCUCCCGCAGAUACAAGUUCAAUCUCUACGGUGUUUCUGGCCGCAAGCGGUCAGGCCCAAUUUCCACGGAUGCCACCACAGCAACAUCGCCAGAGGUGACUACAGAGAGGGUUCCUGUUCAGCCCAGUCUGGAGCAACUGGCAGCAUCUGACAUCACCGGCGACUCUCUCCGUCUCUCCUGGAUUGUUCGCACUGGGAAUUUUGAUUCCUUCUUGGUCCAAUACAAAGAUGCAGAAGGGAAAUCUCAGUCGUUGCCCGUGGAGGGGGCUUUCCGCACCCUCACCAUCCCAAACUUGGAGCCCUCCCGGAGAUACAAGUUCCACCUCUACGGCAUUUCUGGCAACAAGCGUCUCGGCCCUCUCUCCGUGGAUGCUGUCACAGCACCCCCAGAAGAAGUACUGACUCCGCAGCCUAGCCUGGGAGAACUCUCGGCCUUUGACGUUACUACCGAUUCACUCCGCCUCUCCUGGGGUGUCUCUACGGGGAGCUUUGACUCCUUCCUGAUUCUUUACAAGGAUGUGGAAGGGAGAUCCCAGUCUCUUCCUGUGGACGGAGGCUCCCGUGAAGUCAUCCUCUCCAACCUCGCACCUUCCCACAGAUACAAAUUCAGUCUUUACGGCGUCUCCAGUCGCAAGAGAGUUGGUCCGGUUUCCAUUGAUGUUGUCACAGCUUCACAGAUGGCAAAACCUACACCACCCCUCAGACUAGGGGAGCUGUUGGCGGACAACAUCACUCCCAGUUCCCUUGACCUGUCCUGGAAUGUUGAGGCGGGAAAUUUUGAUUCUUUUAUUGUUCAGUACCAAGACGCUGAAGACCAACCACAAGCCCUCCCCAUCGACGGGGUCCUACGGUCUUUCCAUGUCCAUGACUUGGCUCCUUCUCACAGAUACAAAUUCAACCUCUAUGGCAUUUCAGGUCGGAAGCGUCUGGGCCCUGUCUUCAUUGAAGCUGUCACAGCCCCUUUACCAACAGCUCCACCAGUCCAGCCCAGCCUAGGGGAGCUGUCCAUCUCUGACGUCACCAGCGAUUCUGCUCGCCUCUUCUGGACCGUCCCCACGGGAAGCUUCGACUCCUUCACGAUCCAGUACAAGGAUGCUGAUGGCAGACCUCAGGCGUUGCCGGUGGAUGGAGGAUCCCACGAGGUCACCAUCUCCAGUCUGGCUCCUUCCCGCAGAUACAAGUUCAACCUCUAUGGUGUCUCCGGUCGCAAGCGUGUCGGCCCCAUUUCCACUGAUGUCGUUACAGCCCCCUUGCCUACGGAACCUCCAGUCCAGCCCAGCCUAGGGGAGCUGUCCGUCUCUGACAUCACCAGCGACUCUGCCCGCCUUUCCUGGACCGUCCCCACGGGAGCCUUUGACUCCUUUACAAUCCAGUACAGAGAUGCAGAGGGUCAACCCCAGGCGUUGCCCGUGGACGGAGGAUCCCGCGAGGUCACCAUUCCCAACUUGGCUCCUUCCCACAGAUACAAGUUCAACCUCCACGGACUCUCUGGCCGCAAGCGCGUCGGCCCCAUUUCUGCUGAUGUCGUCACAGCUGCUGCCCCUUUGCCAACAGCUCCACCAGCCCAACCGAGCCUAGGGGAGCUCUCCGUCUCUGACGUCACCAGCGACUCUGCCCGCCUCUCCUGGACCGUCCCCACCGGAACCUUUGACUCCUUCGUGAUCCAGUACAAGGACGCUGACGGGAGACCCCAGUCGUUGCCCGUGGAGGGGGUCUUCCGUGAAGCCACCGUCUCCGACUUGGCUCCUUCCCGCAGAUACAAGUUCAACCUCUACGGAGUCUCCGGCCGUAAACGCCUUGGCCCUCUUUCUGCCGACACCGUUACAGCCCCCUUACCAUCAGCUCCACAAGUCCAGCCCAGCCUGGGGGAGCUGUCCAUCUCUGACGUCACCAGUGACUCUGCCCGCCUCUCCUGGACCGUCCCCACGGGAACCUUUGACUCCUUCACGAUCCAGUACAAGGAUGCUGACGGGAGACCCCAGGCGUUGCCCGUGGAGGGGGUCUUCCGUGAGGUCACCGUCUCCAGUCUGGCUCCUUCCCGCAGAUACAAGUUCAACCUCUAUGGAAUGUCUGGACGCAAACGGCUCGGGCCCAUUUCUGCAGAUACCGUCACAGCCCCGCUACCAACAGCACCUCCAGUCCAGCCCAGCCUAGAGGAGUUCAGAGUCUCUGAUGUUACGAGUGACUCUGCCCGUCUCUCCUGGACCGUCCCCGCAGGGAGUUUUGACUCCUUCCUGAUUCAGUACAAGGACGCAGACAGACAGCCCCAGGCGCUGCCCGUGGACGGAGGAUCCCGCGAGGUCACCGUCCCCAACCUGGCUCCCUCCCACAGAUACAGGUUCAACCUCUACGGAGUCUCCGGCCACAAGCGUCUCGGCCCUGUUUCUGCUGAUGCCGUCACAGCCCCACUACCAACAGCACCUCCAGUCCAGCCCAGCCUAGAGGAGUUCAGAGUCUCUGAUGUUACCAGUGACUCUGCCCAUCUCUCCUGGACCGUCCCCGCAGGGAGUUUUGACUCCUUCCUGAUUCAGUACAAGGACGCAGACAGACAGCCCCAGGCGCUGCCCGUGGACGGAGGAUCCCGCGAGGUCACCGUCCCCAACCUGGCUCCCUCCCACAGAUACAGGUUCAACCUCUACGGAGUCUCCGGCCACAAGCGUCUCGGCCCUGUUUCUGCUGAUGCCGUCACAGCCCCACUACCAACAGCACCUCCAGUCCAGCCCAGCCUAGAGGAGUUCAGAGUCUCUGACGUUACCAGUGACUCUGCCCGUCUCUCCUGGACCGUCCCCGCAGGGAGUUUUGACUCCUUCCUGAUUCAGUACAAGGACGCAGACAGACAGCCCCAGGCCCUGCCCGUGGACGGAGGAUCCCGCGAGGUCACCGUCCCCAACCUGGCUCCCUCCCACAGAUACAGGUUCAACCUCUACGGAGUCUCCGGCCACAAGCGUCUCGGCCCUGUUUCUGCUGAUGCCGUCACAGCCCCACUACCAACAGCACCUCCAGUCCAGCCCAGCCUAGAGGAGUUCAGAGUCUCUGAUGUUACCAGUGACUCUGCCCGUCUCUCCUGGACCGUCCCCGCAGGGAGUUUUGACUCCUUCCUGAUUCAGUACAAGGACGCAGACAGACAGCCCCAGGCCCUGCCUGUGGACGGAGGAUCCCGCGAGGUCACCGUCCCCAACCUGGUUCCCUCCCACAGAUACAAGUUCAACCUCUACGGAGUCUCCGGCCACAAGCGUCUCGGCCCUGUUUCUGCUGAUGCCGUCACAGCCCCCUCCCCAACAACAACACCUCCCCAGCCCAGCCUAGGGGAGCUCUCGGUCUCUGAUGUCAGCACCGAUUCUGCCCGUCUCUCCUGGACAGUCCCCACAGGAACCUUUGACUCUUUUCUGGUCCAGUACAAGGAUGCAGAUGGCAAAACACAGGCAUUGCCCAUAGAGGGAGGCUCCCGUGAGACCACUGUCCCCAACCUGCUGCCUUCCCGUAGAUACAAGUUCAACCUCUAUGGUGUCUCCGGUCAGAAACGUCUUGGUCCUAUUUCUGCUGAGGCCGUCACAGCAUCACCUCCGCAAGAACCUCCCGUCCCCCCCAGCCUGGGCAAGCUGUCUGCUUCUGAUAUCGCCAGCAACUCUCUGCGUCUCUCAUGGUCUGUCCCCACUGGCCGCUUUGACUCCUUCAUCAUCCAGUACAAGGAUGCCGAGGGCAAACCUCAGGCCCUUCCAGCGGAGGGAGCCGCCCGUGACGUCACUGUGCCGAAUCUCGUGCCUUCCCGCAGAUACAAGUUCAACCUGUAUGGGCUCGUUGGCCGCAAACGACUCGGCCCCAUUUCUACUGAUGCCACCACAGCCCCACUGGAUGCGGUAAAGCCCAGUCUAGGAGAACUCUCGGUCUCUGAUGUCACCAGUGAUUCUUCUCGUCUCUCCUGGACUGUCCCCACCGGGAGCUUUGACUCUUUCCAGAUCCAGUACAAGGACGCUGAUGGCAAACCCCAGGCCUUACCCGUGGAGGGAGGCUCCCACGAAGUCACCAUUACCAAUCUGGCUCCUUCCCGCAGAUACAAAUUCAAUCUCUACGGAGUCUCGGGCCGCAAGCGUCUCGGCCCCAUUUCUGCUGAAGCCACCACAGCUGCAGCAAAUCAGGAGGAAGACGAGACUGAGGAUGAGGACGAGGAUGAUGAGGGGGGGAGACGUCAGCCUCGUUUGGGAGAACUGUCGGUCUCGGAGGCCACCAGCGAUUCCGUCCGCCUUUCCUGGAGCGUCCCAGCUGGAAACUUUGACUCCUUCUUGGUUCAGUACAGAGAUGCAAAGAACAACCUGCGGGACGUGCCAGUGGAGGGGGACUCUCUUGAGGCCACAGUCCCUAACCUGACUCCUUCCCACAGAUACCGAUUUGAGCUCUAUGGCAUUUUCGGUCAGGAACGGCUUGGCCCCAUAACCUCUGAUGCCUCCACAGCUCCCUUGGCGUCGAAGCAGGAGGUGGGGGAUGAGACGGCCACUCCACAGCCACAGCCUGAACUGGGAGAGCUCUCCGUGUCUGAUGUCACCAGUAACUCCGUCCGUCUGUUUUGGAACAUCCCAGUUGGGAUCUUUGACUCCUACUUGGUGCAGUAUAAGGAUGCCGAGGACCAGCCCCAGACGCUGCCUGUGGGCAAGGAGAUCGGUUCUGUUGUGAUAUACUACCUGGUGCCUUCCUACAGAUAUACAUUCGACCUCUAUGGCAUCUCUGGGCAGAGGCGUUUCGGCCCAAUCUCAGCCACCAUCAUCACAGCCGCAACAACACCUGAACAGGAAGUGGAUGCGGAGCUAGUGCAAGCAGCAGGCCAGAGUGUUCGGCCCAGCCUUGGAGACGUCACCGUCUCCGAGGUCACUCCAGAUUCCCUUCUCCUCUCCUGGAGUGUCCGGGAGGGCAAGUUUGACUCUUUCCUCAUCCAGUACAAGGAUGUCGCCAGAAAGCUCCAGGUGCUGCCUGUGGAUGGAGCCAUGCGCUCUCUCCACCUCUACAACCUCACCCCUUCGCAGAGAUAUGAAUUCAGCAUCUAUGGAAUCUCUGGCCACGAGCGUCUCGGGCCUGUCUCAGUUGAAACUGUCACAGCUCCAGAGAUAUCCCGGGGAGAGGCUGCUGUCCAGCCCCGCCUAGAAGAUCUCUCUGUCUCCAGUGUCACCAGCGACUCUGUCAGUCUCUCCUGGACUGUCCCCGCAGGGAAAUUUGACUCUAUCUUGGUCCAGUAUAGAGAUGCAAAGGGCAAGGCUCAGGUGCUGCCGGUAAACGGCGAUUCCCGUAACAUUACGGUCCCUGACCUGGUUUCUUCUCGCCGAUACAAAUUCAACCUUUAUGGCAUUUAUGGCCGCAAGCACCUUGGUCCCAUCUCCAUCGAUGCAGUCACAGAGUCAGGCACACAGUCGGAAGAAGCCGUCCAACUCAGGCUCGGACAGCUGUCGGCCGGUGACAUCACUCCCGAAUCAGUCCUCCUCUCUUGGACUGUCCAGGAUGGCCAUUUUGAUUCCUUUAUCAUCCAGUACUACGACGCAGAGGGCAAGCCCCACGCCUUGCCGGUGGACGGGGGACUGCGCUCGCUGCGGCUCCAUGACAUGACACCCUCUCACAGAUACAGGUUCAACCUCUACGGAGUCUCCGGCCGCAAGCGCUUCGGUCCAGUCUUCACGGAGGCUGUCACAGGUCAGCUGCAGCCCAGUGUUCCUCCACGGCCCAGUCUUGGUGAGAUCUCAGCCUCGGAUGUCACCGACACGUCAGUCCGCCUGUCCUGGAGUGUUGCGUCCGGGAAUUUUGACUCCUUUACUAUCCAGUACCGAGAUGCAGAGGGCAAAGCCCAGAUGUUGCGUGUGGCUGGAAGCUCCCGCAAUGUCACCGUGUCCAACUUGGCACCUUCCCACAGAUACAAAUUCAAUCUUUAUGGCCUUGCUGGACGGAAGCGCCUUGGCCCCAUCUCCACUGAAGCUAUCACAGCUCAAAUGGAGGAGCCAAGAAAGCAUCCCAAACUGGGGGACCUCUCCAUCUCCGAGGUGACCAAGGACUCCGUCCGCCUCUCGUGGACCACCGCUUUUGGGGAAUUUGACUCUUUCCUCAUCCAGUACAAGGAUGCUGAGGGCAGGCCCCAAUCAUUACCUGCAGACGCUGACUCCCGCACACUUGUUGUGUCUGGCCUUCUGCCUUCCCAGAAAUACAAGUUUAACCUCUACGGCAUUUCAGGGAGGAAGCAGAUUGGACCCAUUUCAACCGAUGCUGUCACUGCUUUCCCAGAAGCCCUCAGUAAGCCCGUCACUCUGCUCAGGAACCUGGUUGUGUCCGACGUGACCCCCAGCACUCUGCAGCUCACGUGGGAAGUCCCUGAGGGACAGUGUGAUUCCUUUAGGAUCCUAUACAAAGACUCUCUUGUCGGCAGUGGAAAGAGCCCCCCACCACCUAAGGAACUUGAAGUGCCAGGGGCUGAGCGCUCGGCCGUGCUGAGGAACCUUGCGCCUAACAAAGAAUACAGCCUCACACUGUACGGCAUCAAGAAUGGAUUGGAGGUGGCGAAUAUCAACACAGCAGCAUGGACAAGUGGGCUAGAGCUGGACAGUCCCCGGGACCUGCGGUUCAGUGACAUCCGCGAGACAUCCGUCAUGACGAACUGGACAGCACCGUCCUCUCGCGUUGACCGCUACAAAAUUUCCUUCCAGCCAUUGGAUGGGGGAGAGCCGAGAAGCAUCUCUGUGGAUGGAUCCACGCUAAGAACGGUCAUCAAAGGCCUGACCCCCGGGACCAGCUAUGAGGUCAGCGUGAUGUCGAUCCGGGGCUUCGAAGAGAGCGAGCCCUUGGUGGGUUACGUCACCACAGGCUCUAGGGUCUCUGAAUCCGUGCCAGGGAACCGGGCUGAGCUGCGGCUCUCAGGGCUACAACUGGACACGGAAUAUCGGGCCAGCGUCUACGGGGAGAAGGAAGGAAACCGUAGUUCGCCAGUCAGCGCCACUUUCACCACUGGAGCUGAUGGACCACGGAAUCUCCAGGCUAGCGAGAUCUCAGCCCGCAGUGCUCGUCUUACCUGGCUACCACCCCGUGCCCCUCCUGGUGGAUACCUACUGAGCUAUGAAACCCCCUAUGGAGAAACAAAGGAGAUUACCGUGGAUGCUUCCGUCACCUCCUACGAACUCCAGGACCUCUUUCCUUCUAGCCGGUACCAGGUUCAAGUCCAGGCACUGAGAAGAGGCACACCAACAGCCCCCACCUCUACCUCUUUCACCACGGGGCACCUGACAUAUCCUUUCCCUCGGGACUGCGCCGAGGAGAGUUGGAACGGACCAAGGCCAUCUCGAGAUACAACCAUUUAUCUGGGGGGUGACCGGAACCGCCCCAUACAGGCCUACUGCGACAUGCAGACCGACGGUGGAGCCUGGCUGGUCUUUCAGCGCCGGAUGAACGGCAAGACGGAUUUUUGGCGUGACUGGCAGGAUUACGCCACUGGCUUUGGCAACCGCUCCCAGGAAUUCUGGCUAGGGAACGAUGCUCUGCACCAGCUGACCACAUCAGGAGACUACGAGCUGCGUGUGGACCUCCGCUCCGAGAACGAGUCCGUCUACGCCCUCUACGACAGUUUCCGCGUGGACUCCCCGACCGAUUAUUACCGCCUGCACCUGGGCAGCUACAGCGGCACAGCCGGUGAUGCUUUCAGCUACCACUCAGGCAGCGUCUUCUCCACCCGCGACCGGGACCCCAACCGGGUCAUCAUCCCGUGCGCCGUGUCCUACCGUGGAGCGUGGUGGUACCACAACUGCCAUUACGCCAACCUCAACGGGCUCUACGCAAACAACCGCGACCACCAGGGCAUCAACUGGUUUAACUGGAAAGGGUUCGAGUACUCCAUCCCCUUCACCGAGAUGAAGCUCCGACCCCGCGGCUUCCGACCCUUGAGGCGGGUGUAAGCGAAGGAGCGCGUUUGCCAAAGGAACGACUGACCAUGGGGAGGGGGGACGACGCGGAAGAGGAAGAGGCAAGUAGGGAAAUCAAGCGACUUACCCCUCCCUGCUGAGAUACCUCAUGUCUUGCCUUCGUCUCCCCCCACACCCUGAAAAGACGGGAAACGACGACGAGAGGAAACGGCAAACCAUUGCAAAAGCACCUUGUAUUGAGAUUUCUGUUUUUCUGCCACUGACCAGCCAUGAACAUCAGGGGCAUGAAGCGUCUGGAGGAUUCGAGGAUAGCUGAAGGGGCAGAGUUAAGGGGAGGGACUGGAAUGUAGCUGCGAGAUAGCUGUACAGCCCUGGUUAGCAACUGGUUUUCCUGGCAGGGGCCACCGAAGAAGGAGUGGAGUGGAGCUGGGCCACUACCCACCCUGAUGCCCACCCCCCAAAACUCAAUUAGCAGCGAGGCCUGUGUCUGCAGGUGCCAUUUCCCCCACAAUGCACCUCCUGGGCCAGCUGAUAGUCUUCAAAGGGCCGGAUAUGACUCCCGGCCUCUAGUUGCCGACCCCCCUCCCUUCUGUACAGGUUCCCGGUUCUGUAGGUCCGCUGCAUCAUCUGUCUUUCCAAACCUUCAGGCCUCCCUGACCAAAGCAGCGUCCUCCUCUUCCCUGAAGACAAUUUGUAGAGAAAGACAGGCAUGUCAUGGCGCUGAGAGCAGAUGAACUGAAAAAGCACUUUUUUUUGUCCCUUUGCAUUUUUUUGUCUCCACACACACAUUACCCUCCCCCCCCUACAAAAAAACCCUCCUUUUGCCUUCCUGCUCACCAAAACCCUGCCCACCAAAAGUUGGCAACCCCGGCCAGCGCAUAGUCUUACAUGUCCCAGUUUUGCCUGGUUGCUUCUAGGCACAAAAAGUUCCCUCAGGCCAGUGCCUCAGAAACAGAUCCAAAAUAGAUUCUCACUCAAUGGAUCACAGAUUCCGUGUGACGACAUGAAUUCUGGUGGAGAGCUAGAUGGAAAAUUCCAGUCAGGGAACGAGGUUUUAUAUAUAUAUGGAAGAAUGAAUGAAGUCAAGCCAACAAGAGCGAAACCUUGAAUGUGUACGCAAUGGAGACUUGGUUUUUCUUUUUCUUAAACCAGUAGAUGUAGAUCAAUUCUGAAGCAAAUCAGUGCACAAAUAAAUCAGGCUUCCUGUCCCGUCCCGUCCCCAGUAUGGGAGAAGACCAAAGCUGGUCACCUCAGCUGCAAGAGGGAAACUCCUAUCACCCCCACCCACAGGAAACAGUUGGAUGGACACCAAGAUGUUGCCAGGGUCCUCAGUAGGGAUUGACUUUCUUGGUCUCAUUCCUUCAAUCCAAGCACAAACAGCAGCUUAAAAAUACCUGUCGAAGCCCCCAGUAGCGAUGUGGGGGGGAGCUUUGGUUUGGGGGGGAACAAAAACGUUCCUGUUUCCUAUGAUGUUGUUUUCAAGCCUCCCAAGAAGUCCCAGAUGCUUGAUCUCGGAAGCAAGAUGCGUGUGUAUGUGUGUGUGUGGGGGAGAGCAAGGUGUUUACUGGAAAGGGUGUCUCUUCUUGUGGGGUGACAAGGUGGUGUUUUGG